CCCAUGGCGAUAGCGCUGGGCGCCAUGGCCAGGAAAAAUCCAUCGCCUCAUCUACUCAUCGCUCCGCUCCCCUUCUCUGGCCACUUCCGUGCCGUCCCUCAGCCAGCAGAGGUCUCUCCACCCGCUCCCCCUCCCCUUCACUACACCACAACCAUCCUGUCCCUCGAGCGCCAGAGGUCCGGCGAGAUCCGCGGGGAGCUGCCGGCGGCGGGCGAGGUUCUUGGGGGAUUCGCACACGUCCGGCCAGGUCUGCGGGGAGCCGCAGGGAGGCAACGAAGUUCCGGCGAAAGAAGAGCCUCAGGAAGGUUACGAUCAUGCAAUGGGAAUGAAUAUCUCCAACUGUGGGAGUAAACGAUCACUUUCUCAUGCAACUGAUAGAUUAAUAGUAAGGAUGACUGCCAAAGUUCAACCUGCAAGUGUGUUCUAUUUUGAACAGGUAGUGCCCUAUGUGCUGCUGAAGUUUGAAACCUUUUGUUACCGUGUUUGAAUAUACUUGACAAACUUGUAAGAUACCUCAAGGCUAUGUUUGGAUACAUUUGGGCA